AUGACAUCAUCCCUACCGGAAAAGUUCAUCAACAUCAAUUUUCUCCGCAUGUCUGACCCGCUGGACACGGUCGCGACCAUUCCUCUCUCUGUUGUGUUGUCUUCCGUAACUCCCGCCAGACCCUCCCUUGCGAUGGUGGUCUACACACAGCAGGGAUGUCUCAUCUCGUCUCUCGCUCGUCCAACCCAUACGGAAUCUACUCCCGGAUGGUCCCAGUCCCAAGUUAGUGGAAAUAAGCGAACCCAGACCCAGGGGAACAACCAGGGAAAGAUGAAAAAGAAAAAAAAAUACGAUAGUAUGAUUGUUGCUCCGGAUAGUCUCCCGGCAAAAGAACGGAUCAAGCCACGCGGGAUCGGCCUGAGGUUCCGCGAGCGAGGAAACGCCGUCAUAACCCAAGCAGUUUGCCUCUGCCGAGCGGCGCACGCCACAGCGAGUCAUCAUCAAUGCAAAUCCAACCGCAUCAGACAGUUAGUCACACAUUUGGCGAGGGCGAAAAAUCUGAUGGUGUAG